AUGAGGAGCCCGCGAGUGCUCGCGGACCGCUCGAAAUACUGCCGUUUUCAUCGGCAGCAUGGGCACGACACUGAGCAGUGCCGUGAGCUAAAAAGGCAGAUCGAGGAGCUUAUCCGCCGAGGGCAUCUCGGCCACUACCUUUCGCCGGUCAAGGAGCCGUCACCUCGCCCGGAAGGCCCCGUUGAACGACACAUCGACAUGAUAGCCGGGGGGCCUGCGGCGGGGGGGGGUUCCGCGUCGGGCAGAAAGGCGUAUGCCCGGGCCGCUCCCGAUGAAGCCUCGGGAUACGUGCCCGAGCCCGAGAUUACCUUCCCAACCGGAGCUGCCGAGCGACCUGACCACGAUGAUGCCUUGGUAAUAUCAGCCAGGAUAGCCAACGCGCAGGUAAGAAUGAUCAUGGUCAACACGGGAAGCUCGGCCGAUAUACUUUACUUUGGUGCCUUCCAGAAGCUCGGCUUAGCCAAGGAAAGCAUGCGCCCGAUCGGUUCAACGCUCACCGGGUUCACGGGAGAAUCAAUAUCACCUUUGGGGGCCAUCACUUUGCCCUUAACCCUGGGCGUCCCGCCGAGGUCAAAAACGGUGAUGACCGCCUUUUUGGUGGUCGACCUUCCUACGGCCUACAAUGCCAUACUAGGACGGCCGGCCCUCAAUAAAACCAGAGCCUUUGUCUCGACCUACUACCAAACCAUCAAAUUCCCGACUCACGCAGGGGUCGGAGAAGUCAUCGGGAGCCCCCGUGAGUCCAGACGGUGCUACCUAACCGCCGUUUCACUACACAAGAGGACCAGAGUCGAGCCACCGCUGGAGGACCCGCGGGAGACAAAAAGACCGGCCCCUCAUCCCGAGCCGAAGGGGCCCACCAUUGAUGUACCCUUACAAGAAGCCCGACCCGACCGAACGGUCAAGGUAGGAUCGGAGCUACCCGAGCGGGAACGAGAGCAGCUCGUCGGACUCCUACGGGAAAAUGCCGACAUCUUCGCCUGGUCCCCGUCUGAUAUGACGGGCGUCGACCCAGGGGUGGCGCAGCACCACCUUAACAUCCCACCUGACGCUCGCCCGGUAAAACAAAGACCCAGACGGCAGGCCCCUGAUCGGCAGCAGGCUAUACAAGAGGAGGUGACCCGUCUCUUAGCAGCAGGCUUCAUAGAGGAAGCCAAGUAUCCUCAAUGGCUGUCCAAUGUAGUCCUCGUGAAAAAACACAAUGGAAGCUGGAGGAUGUGCGUUGACUACACCAGUCUCAACAAUGCAUGCCCAAAAGAUUGUUACCCCCUCCCAAGAAUCGACCAGUUGGUCGAUGCAACAGCAGGACACACGCGCCUCUCUUUCAUGGACGCCUAUUCAGGAUAUAACCAGAUUAGGAUGGCGCCCGAGGACAGCAAGCACACGACCUUCCUCACCGACCAGGGGGUGUACUUCUAUAAGGUCAUGCCGUUCGGGUUGAAGAAUGCCGGGGCCAUGUACCAGAGGACGGUGAACAAAAUGUUCGCCCAUCAGACCGGAAGGAACAUGGAAGUAUACGUGGACGACAUGAUCGUAAAAAGCCAAAAGACCGAAGCACAUAUUGCCGACCUGGCCGAGGCGUUCGACACACUACGUAAGUUCGGCAUGAUGCUCAACCCCACAAAAUGCGCUUUCGGGGUCACCUCCGGGAAAUUCCUCGGGUUCAUUAUACAUGAAAGGGGAAUUGACGCCAACCUAGAGAAAGUCUAA